UCCGCUCCGGCAGCGGGGUGAGUGAGCUCCUGCCGCUGCUGCCGCCGCCGCCGCUGCCGGGGGAGGGGCGGCCGCCGCCCGCCUGCGCUCAGAGACUCACGCAGCCCCAGUCCCGCCAGUCCGCCAACACAGUAGCGCCGGCCCCCUCCCUCCCUGGCCCUUCCCCCUCCCCGCCUUCGGCUCGCUCCGCCUUUCUGUCCCCCACCCCCACCACACGGGUUCGGGCCAUUCCCGGCCAGGAAACGCCGUGGCGCCGCGUUGGGCCUAACUCGAGUCUUGCUGCCUCCCGGGAGUGCCGUGCGCCGCAGCCCGGGCCCAGGCCCCGGCCGCGCCUGGGACAAGGUCUUCAGAGCUAUACUGGCAGAUAAUUUGGGGGGACUUCAUAUUCAGUGGUCUAUAUAAAGGAUUCCUCAUGUCCAUAACAUGUUGGCUGAGGCUGUGCGGCUCACCCCCACUCUCAGAGUGGUCAUUCUCCAUUAAUUGGACCCCGUGAUUUCCACUCUUUGCUGUGUUGGACGUCAUGAGCAUUGCAAUCCCUCUGGGAGUCACCACACCAGAUACAUCUUACUCAGAUAUGGCUGCUGGAUCAGAAAAGGAAGUGGAAGCCCCCUACCUUUCAAGACGAAGUGGCACUACACCAGGAUGUGAAAGUCCAGCGAAAGAGACCCAAGGGGCCUAGGGGGCAGCACACCCCCAGAAGCCAAGUCUAUUCCAGGCAGUACCAGGGAUUAGGGUCUGGGCUGGAGAAAUCCUGGUGUUUUGAAUAUGUUCAGGUCCAGUUCAGACUCUUGAUCCCACAGCCACUUCUUGAGUGAGGGUAUCCUGUCUUGGUAGUGAAUGGAAGAGGGCCUGGUCCCUGGGGCAGUGCAGAAGGCACUUUCAUCAUCUCACUCACUGCAAAUGUCAUGUGAGGUUUCAUGGAAGUAUUAAGAGAUCCAAUUAAGAAGAAUAGUUCUGAGUCUAAACCAGCCCAGAGUGGCUUCUCUAGGGGAAACUCCCCGCUCAGCUGCCCUGAAUCUGUGGAGGCUAGUCCAGCAGUUAAUGAGAAGAGCGUGUAUUCCACUCAUAAUUAUGGGACCACUCAGAGGCAUGGGUGUCGAGGACUGCCUUAUGCUGAUCAUAAUUACGGAGCCCCUCCUCCUCCGACACCUCCUGCUUCUCCCCCUGUCCAGACGAUCAUCCCUCGUUCUGACCUGAAUGGCCUGCCGUCGCCCGUAGAGGAACGCUGUGGAGACAGCCCGAACUCUGAAGGAGAGACUGUUCCUACCUGGUGUCCUUGUGGUCUUUCUCAGGAUGGCUUCCUUCUCAACUGUGACAAGUGCAGGGGAAUGAGCAGGGGGAAGGUUAUUAGACUUCAUCGGCGGAAGCAGGACAACAUAUCAGGUGGGGAUAGCAGUGCAACAGAAAGCUGGGAUGAGGAGCUUUCUCCUUCCACUGUGUUGUAUACAGCAACACAGCACACACCUACAAGUAUCACCUUAACUGUUAGAAGAACCAAACCCAAAAAGCGAAAAAAGAGUCCAGAAAAGGGUCGCGCAGCACCAAAGCCAAAGAAGAUCAAGGCAUUUCGAGAGGGAUCCCGGAAGUCCUUGCGGAUGAAGAAUUCUCCCUCUGAAGCACAGAAUUUAGAUGAGAAUACAACCGAGGGCUGGGAAAAUCGGAUAAGACUAUGGACUGAUCAGUAUGAAGAAGCUUUCACUAAUCAGUACAGUGCAGAUGUACAGAAUGCCCUUGAACAACAUCUCCAUUCUAGCAAGGAAUUUGUGGGAAAGCCUGCUGUUUUAGACACUAUUAAUAAGACUGAAUUGGCCUGUAAUAAUACAGUCAUUGGUUCACAAAUGCAGUUACAGCUGGGAAGAGUCACUCGAGUUCAAAAGCACCGAAAAAUACUGAGGGCUGCAAGAGAUCUGGCAUUGGACACUCUUAUCAUAGAGUAUCGUGGGAAAGUCAUGUUACGACAGCAGUUUGAAGUCAAUGGACAUUUCUUCAAAAAACCAUAUCCCUUUGUGCUCUUCUACUCAAAAUUCAAUGGUGUAGAGAUGUGUGUGGAUGCUCGUACUUUCGGUAAUGAUGCUCGGUUCAUCAGGAGAUCAUGUACACCAAAUGCAGAGGUGCGACACAUGAUUGCAGAUGGGAUGAUUCAUCUGUGUAUCUAUGCUGUGUCUGCCAUCACCAAGGAUGCUGAGGUCACCAUUGCAUUUGAUUAUGAGUACAGUAACUGUAAUUAUAAAGUGGACUGUGCGUGUCACAAGGGAAACCGGAAUUGCCCCAUACAGAAAAGAAAUCCUAGCGCUGCAGAACUGCCACUUCCACCUCCUCCAAGCCUACCCACCAUUGGGGCAGAGACUAGACGUAGAAAAGCACGGAGGAAAGAACUAGAGAUGGAGCAGCAGAAUGAGGCUUCAGAGGAAAAUAGUGACCAGCAACCACAAGAAGUUCCAGAAAAAGUAAACGUAUCCAGUGAUCAUGAGGAAGUAGACAAUCCAGAAGAAAAACCAGAAGAAAAAGAAGAGGUUGCAGAAGACGUGGAGAACCCAGCUCAUAGCAGGAGGAACCGAGAAGAUAGGAAGGUUGAAGCCAUCAUUCACACUUUUGAAAACUUAGAGAAAAGAAAGAAACGGCGGGAUCAGCCCUUGGAGCAGAGCAUCUCUGACAUAGAAGUUACUACCACCUCAGAAACUCCUGUUGGAGAAGAAGCAAAAACUGAAUCCCCUGAAUCUGACGUUGGCAACACUGGAUCAAACAGUUCCGUCCCAAGCACCCCACAGAAUAGUGGUGUGAACACUCGGAGGUCUUCCCAAGCAGGGGAUGUUGCUGCAGAAAAACCAGCCCCUAAAGCACCUUCAGCAAAACCUUCUAGGCCUCGACCGAAGAGUCGAAUUUCUCGGUACAGGACCAGUUCAGCCCAAAGACUAAAGCGUCAAAAGCAGGCCAGUGCGCAACAGGCAGAGCUGUCACAAGCUGCCUUAGAAGAGGGGGGAAAUAACAACUCAGCAACUCCUACUGAAGCUGGAAGUAUAGACAGUUUAGGAGAAAACAGACAGUUAACAGGAUCUGACCCAGCUGUGUUAUCAGUUCCUGGAUCCCAUGUCAAUCGUACUGCAUCAAAGUACCCCAAAACCAAAAAGUAUCUAGUUACAGAAUGGUUGAAUGACAAAGCAGAGAAGCAAGAGUGCCCUGUUGAGUGCCCUUUGCGUAUCACCACAGACCCAACUGUACUGGCAACAACCCUGAACAUGUUACCGGGUCUUAUUCAUUCCCCGUUAAUUUGCACCACUCCCAAACACUACAUUCGCUUUGGCUCACCCUUUAUGCCCGAGAGGCGUCGAAGGCCCCUUCUGUCUGAUGGCACAUUCAGCUCCUGUAAAAAGCGCUGGAUAAAGCAAGCAUUGGAAGAAGGGAUGACUCAAACAUCAUCUGUCCCCCAAGAGACUAGAACUCAGCACCUAUACCAAAGUAAUGAGAAUAGUAAUUCCUCUAGCAUCUGCAAAGAUAAUGCAGACUUGUUGAGUCCAUUAAAGAAAUGGAAGUCUCGCUAUCUGAUGGAACAGAAUGUUUCCAAGUUACUUCGACCUCUGUCUCCAGUUACGCCACCCCCUCCUGGUUCAGGCUCAAAGAGCCCCCAGCUGACCACACCUGGGCAGACUCACCCAGAAGAGGAAUGUCGAAAUGGAUACAGCCUCAUGUUCUCACCAAUCGCAUCUCUUACUACUGCUAGUCGCUGCAACACUCCUCUGCAGUUUGAGAACAUAUCCUCCCCUGAGAGUUCCCCUGCGCAUAGGCCCGAGUCCCUGUCACCCGAGCUUUGUCACCGAAAAGACCUGGAUUUGACAAAAGUAGGAUACCUUGACUCCAACACUAACAGCUGUCCUGACAGACCUUCCCUGCUCAACUCAGGUCCUUCUGACCUGGCUCCUCAUCCCUCCAUUGGACCUGCCUCAGAGACUGGAUUCCCAAACAGGAGUGGCGAUGGACAUCAGACCCUCCUGAGAAACUCAGACCAGGCAUUUCGGACAGAGUUCAACUUGAUGUAUGCCUACUCGCCUUUGAAUGCUAUGCCUCGAGCAGAUGGCUUAUAUAGAGGGUCUCCCCUAGUGGGAGAUAGGAAACCUUUACAUUUGGACGGAGGAUAUUGUUCCCCUGCCGAAGGGUUUCCCAGCAGAUAUGAACAUGGCUUUAUGAAAGACCUUGCUCGUGGAUCCAUGUCACCUGGUGGCGAAAGGGCCUGUGAAGGAAUCCCAUCAGCCCCACAGAACCCACCACAGAGGAAAAAGGUAUCCCUGCUGGAAUACCGUAAACGAAAGCAAGAAGCCAAGGAGAAUUCUGCCAGUGGGGGAGGUGACUCCGCACAGCACAAAAGCAAGUCUGCAGGAGCUGGGCAAGGCAGCAGUGAUGCCGCUUCUGACAGUGGUGCCCAUGGCACACAAGGAUCCUCGGCCCGAGCCCCAUCGUCCCCUCACACAAAAUUCUCCCCAUCUCAUUCCUCUCUGUCCAACUUGGAGGCAGUAAGCCCAUCAGACUCCAGAGGCACUUCUUCCUCUCACUGUAGACCUCAAGAGAAUAUCAGCAGCAGGUGGAUGGUUCCCACAUCAGUAGAACGACUCCGAGAAGGAGGGAGCAUUCCUAAAGUCCUCCGGAGCAGUGUGAGAGUGGCCCAAAAGGGGGAGCCUUCUCCCACGUGGGAGAGUAACAUCACAGAGAAAGACUCAGAUCCUGCAGAUGGAGAAGGCCCAGAAACAUUGAGCUCAGCACUCUCUAAAGGAGCAACCGUUUACAGCCCUUCCAGAUACAGCUACCAGCUCCUGCAGUGUGAUAGUCCACGGACAGAGUCACAAAGCCUCCUUCAGCAGAGUUCCUCCCCCUUUAGAGGACAUCCCACUCAGUCUCCAGGAUACAGUUAUCGAACUACUGCACUGAGACCUGGAAACCCUCCCUCUCACAGUUCUUCAGAAUCAUCCCUCUCUUCAGCAUCCUAUCCCAGCCCCGCCCACCCUGCUUCCACAGACUCGUUGGCCCCAUUUACGGGGACACCAGGGUAUUAUAGCAGCCAGCCACAUUCUGGAAACAGCACUGGUAGCAAUCUGCCAAGGAGGAGCUGUCAUUCUAGUGCUGCUAGCCCUACCCUGCAGGGCCCCUCGGACUCGCCAACCUCAGACUCAGUUUCUCAGUCCAGCACAGGAACUUUGAGUUCCACCUCCUUUCCUCAGAACUCUAGGUCGUCGUUGCCAUCAGACUUACGGACUAUCAGUCUGCCCGGUAUUGGGCAGUCAGCUGCCUACCAGGCCUCCAGGGUAUCUGCGGUUUCCAAUUCACAGCACUAUCCACACCGUGGGAGUGGAAGUGUGCACCAGUACCGCCUCCAGCCACUGCAAGGGUCAGGAGUCAAGACUCAGACAGGACUUUCCUAGGGCUUCUGGAUAUGGGCAAACUGAACUGAACAAGCCCAUAGCUGCUUCUUCCAGCUGCCUCUGGAACCUCAGCCGAGCAUAUUGCUGGGGGAGGGGGAUACAAGGCACCAGAGGAUUGGGUCUGGUCGACAAGAAACAAGACUUGUGGUCGCGACUGGCCUCUGGCCUUGGAGAAAGAUGUAAAUCUUGUCUGAAGCAAAGACUAUAAAGAAGUUUCUCCCUGCUGUUAAGGGUACAUUGUUGACAAGCAAAUGGUGUUUCAGUUAGUAACGGUUCUAAGUGCAAUGAGUUGUGUUGAAGCCUCUGUCUCCCAUCCUUGCCUGUAGCCAGUAGUCACUUGUGCAGUGAGGACAUCUUUUUAAAUUUAAAAAAAAGUUUUAUUUCAAAGGAAAAAAGUGAGAAGAGCCAAUCUCAAAGCCCCAAGGCAUCCAAGUAGUGUUAGGGUUUUAUGCACUUAAAAAAUGGUAGGUAUGUAAAUGUUCAUCCAAAAAAAAACCAUUCCAAAAGCAGAUGUCUGGCUAAGGUGUGUCCACCCAGAGUACUCCUUACCUUUGUCUUAAAAUCACCAGGAAAUGGGCUAGGAUAGGAAAGCUUGGAGCUUGCUCUGAGAGGUGCCUGGCUCUGAAAAAGAGCUCUUGGUCAGUUCUUGAUUAUUUGGGAGCAGAUUAUCUGAGGAGAUUAACCCCCAGAUGUUACCAUCCCAACCCUUCCCAAACUGUUUCAGUUUCCAAACUCAAAGAGUAAGUACACAAAAGUGAAACGAAAAGUGAUUUCCAGUGAAGUCAAUUGCAUCUUUUGGCAGUAGAUUUGAUAAGGAAGGAUCUCAAGUGGUCUGGGAAUUAUUUGUAUUUUCUUUCCUACUCCCAGUUAAUCAGGAGUUGGAUCCCAUGAGUAGAACCACCUUCAUGAUUGGGGAGCACAUACUCGUGACUGCAGGGUAAGAGUGGGAAAUAGGUUUGUGGAGUGGCACCGACAAGACUGUGAUUGUGUGUGGGCUUGCCCCACUUUUCUUUGGGGGAUGCUUAUGUGAGAGUGGGCCAGUGAGAGUUAGCAAGCCACCCACACCCCUAACACUGUUCUAGAUGAGAGACAAGAGCAGACUGGCUUCUCCCCAUCAGUGCAUUGUGCCUGUUGUACACCCCUGGAGGUGCCCUGGAGCCAGCCCAGGUGGGGUACACAAUCUUUUUAAAUUCCAUAUGAUUGCCAGCUUAUUUCUUUCACUUGUUUACUGUAAUAUCUGGCGUGUUUUUAUUUAUCUAAUUUUGUAUUCAGUUAUAACCAUGGUAGGGGUAGUAAAUAUAGGACAGGUGUAAUCCCUGGUGCUGCAGUGGACCUUCUUUUCUUUUGGACAAGAUAAUACUGUGAGUCUCCCUCCUCCUAAUUUGUUCUUUUUCCCCAGCCUCUUGCAUCCCUUUCUUUUCAACCUGUCCUACAACUUUCAUAUGCACAGUCUUCUCUCUUUGUGUGUGACUGUUACAAAAUUUCACUUUUCAAAAUUGAAAAUCAGGUGUUUGCUCAAAUGAGGGGAGAUUUUUUUUUUUUUUUUUUUAAUGCUGAGACCUCAGCAGAGUACUCUUUUGUUUCCCCCACAAACCCAUCAGUCUGGGAGAGCGUUGGGAGUGGAAAUCAUGUUGCCUGGGAUGCCGGUUUCUUUGUAUAUUAUAUAAAACGUAUGUAAAUGUCUCUCCAUUUGGGCUGGGGUUCGCAUUCUCCCCUUGGCUGUUAACCAAGGGGUGAGGCCAGCGGGCAGGCGGCCCUCACCCUGCCUGACACGCGCAGAGACCCCAGCCACUCUGUGUGGGCAGGGUGCUGUCAAGACCAGACCUCCUGGGGGUGGGGGUGGGGGGACUCUUGGAAGGGAAGAAGUAUCACUUCUUUCUCAAGUGGAGUGUUUACACCUUGCUGUAACAUUUGAACUUUCACAAGAGAUGUAAUAAUUUUGAUAAUAAAAUU